UCCUUGCUCUGCGACCGUCUCCACUGCCAUGAAGCCUUCAACCACAUAAAGCGCCGCACGGAGUUAGACGCGCCAAAGCUGGAGCUACGACGAUGUUGUUCUUACAUAAGUGUGGCUGAGGUUAGCAAAAUGCCUUGGCUAUCCUAACGGCCUACCUAAGGAACCAACUUUGUGCAACCACAAUUUGUUUCGAAGUCAAACUCGAAUCCAGCUCGCAAAGUCACCUCCGGCGCUCGAGUAACGCAACACACCAGCAUUGUGACCAUUUCCGAAAACCAGGACGAGCCUCUCGAAAAUAUGGCAGGUGUUUCUAUACGCAAAUCGAUUCGCUGGCUUCCAGACCCUGCAUCGGAACCAACCUCCACCAUUGUGCUUUCCUCUGCGGAGCGAAGAUUCGUCGACAUUCGAAUCCUGAAGCCCGAGAAUGGGGGGUUGCAAGAUCAAAAGGAGCACUUGAACUUAAAGCAGCUGGAUUGGGCGAUUGCAGGAACUUCAUCAUCAGUUGAAACGGCCCCAGGUGUAAAGCUAUCCACCUUCCAUCACUGGAUCGACUCGCGGACUGUCGAUGUCGAAGCAGCCACAGAUGCGGGGUACAUGUCCCCGAUGGACCCUGACGGCGAAGACGAGCUAGUGCUGGAGAAAGGGAACAUGGUCAACCCUGAGACAGGUUCGCCGACUGACUACGAGGAAAUCUGGAUCGAGAAGGAGCUGAGUCCCGUGCCUGGCGACGAGGCGAGUCAGAUCGUGGUUCUCGAUUUCGACCAGGGCGCGCACCGCCGCGGCAGGAUUGUGAGAGUCGGGACGCGCUGCCAGGGCCUGUUGAGAAGCGAAGAUGAAAUCGCGGCUGAGCGAUGGGAAUGGACCGCGGAGAAGGGAUGGUCGCGUAGCCAUUUGAUCGGUCGCGAUGGCGCCUUGCCGUGUGCGAAGUUUCUCGACUCUCCGGUCGGCGAUACCAUCACGCAUGAUGGGAUUACGUGGAAUGUUGUCGAGCGCAGCUAGUACAUUUGACCAUCAAAUCCCCCGCUGAGAAGGCCAAGCGUGUUCGUCAUUUGUGAUACCGAAUUCUUUACUUUCUCAAACAUCAUUGACCAUGGAAGGUUCUCACCCCGGAAU